GAGGCUUAAGUGAGAAGCAGCUUGAUUUGUUCAGUAAACUGUAGAAGCAGAGAGAGAAAUGGACCAUUUGCCAUAGACGAGGAAGAGCUUCUUCACUAGCAAAUGAGGCAGUAAAUUGCAACCAAGCUGGAGUGCCAUUCACUGAGGGUGAAUCUGUCUUGGAGUCCCUAGUAUUACUAGGGUUCCCUCAAAGGGAUGAUUGUAAUUUGGGAUCGAGGGGAGAUUGGGAAGCCUUUCAUUCCACUGAGGGGACAGGGUUGUUGUGAAAGAGACCUCCAGUGAGCUGAAGAAGCACAGAGAAAAAGUGGUGUAGAUGGUGAUGUAGGAGGUCAUGAUGAGGACAGUGCGAAGGAACUCUAGUACACACCUUCAUUUCCUGUUUCCUGAGGUAGACUUCUACUGAGGCAAACCCAGCAUGAUGACUCUUCUGUAUCAGUCCCACCACGCAGGAGCUGAGCUGGAGCUCAGGGCUGGCCUCUGGACACUUCAGGAAGUCCUCCAGUUGCUGAGCUGGCUGUGCGGGAGCCAUUCUGUCCGUGUUCUGCUCCUGUUCCCUGAGCAGCUGGAAGCUGCGGACAACUCAUGUUCCUGAAGCAUCUUGUGUAGGUACAAGGAAGACUUCACCCCUCCAGCUCUGAAGGCAAGAGCAGCUAGAGCAGGGCUGAGCACAGGAUCGCAUAUGCAAAGAAACAGAACAGUUCCAUGAGGCGGAUGUGAUAUGUGACCACAGUCACGUAUUGCUCCUGCAGCACUGCUGCUCUUGGUACCUAUGCCGGAGCAGCUAAGCACCUCACAAGAGAUUGAUGAUGCUGAGGCAGGAUCUUCCAGAUUAUGGCUACCUCAUUCCAGUACUACCGAGACUGGAGCAAGUCAGUUGAGCAACAAGGUGCAAAAGAAGAACCAUCUAAAGAAAAUACUCAAGAAGCUGUCACUGCUCAAGUUGAUAAAGCAGGCUGAUCGCAGGAUCCUCCGGCUACGUGUAUUGGCCAGCAGGUGCUGGAAGUUACUGACAUUCAAGAAACCUGCCAGCCUUGCUCCUGGCCCUGCUGGGACAAGAAUGUCCUCUAUGGAGCCAAAGAAGCCUGGAGUGGAUGCAGAUACUAGUCCUGUUGUCAACACCACCACAGAGACUGAUCCUGACAUUACAGAUGUGAGACCUACCACUCACCCCAAUGUAGAGACUGCUCCUAUUGUUGAGGAUGCUGACCCUGUUACCAUUGCUGGGGAUGACAUGGAGAUAGAUGCUGAUAUUGUGGAUGCUAGACCUGCCUCUGAGGAUGAUAUGAUGACUGAUGCUAACUUGGUGCUGUGUAACCCAGAGCCGCCCCUGGAGGUCCAGCCUGAGAUUCAGGAGUGGAGGGCCUGUUUUGAAGGCCUGCCCCAGCGGCUCCAUGUCCCUGCCCCCAAGGUGCUCUGCAGACCAGCUGUCCAGCGAUGGAUCAAACCGUGCUGUACUCGGUCCUGUGGCCAGACACUGGAGCACCCACCAACUGUCUGGUACCGGGAGUAACAAAACCUACUUCUGUCCUUCCGAGCUGGGUGGAAACUGAGUUGAGCAAUUGAAAGAGAGAGCUGCUGAGCGAUACACUGAGCCAUAAUUCUAUAAAUAAAGGAAAUAACUUGCAUCCUUCAGACACAAAACUUGUCUCUGGUCUGAAGUCUGAGCACAGGCAGGUGUGCAGGGAUACUUGGCAUAGUGAGAAGGAAUUGGACUGUGCCUCUUCUCUAGUCACUUACAAUUCUAGGACAGGCCCAGUUCUUCCCUGCUGUGUCUCUGCUAGAGACACUGGCAGUAUCCAAGGGAGAUUUAUGAGUUCAUUAUGCUAAAUUUAUAUUAUAUCAAAUGGGAAUCAGAAAGUUUUCUUGACAGUAAAUUCUCAACGGAUCCUUUUAAAUCUGGCAUCCUGAGCUGAAGUUGUUUUUAGGAUCUCCAUACCUGUGGUGAGGAGUUUAUUCUUGGGACAGUUCUCCAUGUGAAAGCUCUUGUUAUCUCAAGCCUGUGGCUCCUCUAUAUGUUCCCAUACCCUUUCCCCAUUUCCUGGGGCCCUUGAUACCAGUCAGAGUCACUGUUAAUGUGUGACAGGUGUAAUAUGAUGUCACUAGGCUGAACUGUGACACUCCCAGGCCCAUGAACGGAUGUCAUUGGUUAGAGGGAGCCCAUCUGGGCAAAGGUUGGGUUCUGCUCCCACCCCCACCAAUGUAAAUGAGAAGUGUCCUUCAGCACCAGUGGAACAGCCCACACAGCAGUUGAAUCUCUCUUCUGUGAGUGGUCCCAUUG